AUGGCUGCACUUCUACCUCACCAACUGCCUCAACCUGUGUCACCGGCUCACGCAGAGCUCGUUACCUAUGCGAACAGUUUCCAGUCCCCGCUUCUCCGCCUACCCGGCGAGAUUAGGAAUCGUAUCUACGCCUUCGCUUUCACCGUGCAGCGUAUUCAGGUUGUUGCGGUAUCGGCUCGCCUCGUGCAUCUUGUAUGGCCAGAAGACUGGAGAGGCCUAAAACACAGCCAGUUGUACCCGUUGUCUGAGUUGAUCUCCAGUACAAUGGUGUGUCGGCAAUUCUACACAGAGGCCUCUCCCUUGAUUCUUCGUUUGAACGAGUUCUGCUUCAUCAAUCCAGAUGACACACAGCGAUUCACAGAGGAUAUGCCGCAAAAGUUUUUGGAGGCUAUCGAGACGGUUGCGCUGGCUAAUUGUGUGCCUGAAACAUUGGAGGGAUUGCAGCUAAUGGCUGACAUUACCCUACCGAGGAUGUGUGGACUCAAGAAGAUUGUUGUAAGGCCUGGGGUCUCCUUCGUGGGAUCUUUCCUCCACAUGCAAGAAGUUUUUCGAAAGAUGUUUGUAGACGUGCUGAGGAAGGGAGGGAUCGGGUACGAGGUUGUCUUUGAGUCUCCAAAUUUCGGAUUCUAG